CCGGAGCCCGAGCGCAGCGGCAUCCAAGCGGGAACCGGAGCGGGAGCGGAGCCAGAGCGGGAACCUGAGCUGGAGCCGAAGCUGGAGCCGGCAGUGCGGCGCACGGAGCGGAGCGAGGCAGCCAAGCCGAGUGAGCGGAGGGUCCUUCCCUGCGAGAAGUCAGAGCUGUGCACGUGGGCAGGCUGGCUCCACUGUUCUGCUCCAAGGAUUACAUGUCCUUCAAACGCCCCUGCCCCUUAGCUCGAUACAACCGCACCAGCUACUUCUACCCGACGUUCUCAGAGAGCUCAGAGCACAGCCAUCUGCUUGUGUCUCCUGUGCUGGUGGCAAGCGCAGUCAUAGGCGUGGUCAUCAUCCUCUCCUGCAUCACCAUCAUCGUGGGCAGCAUCCGCAGGGACAGGCAAGCCCGGCUCCAGCGGCACCGCCACCGCCAUCGCCGCCACCACCGCCACCACCAUCGCCGCCGCCGCCGCCGCCAUCGAGAGUACGAGCACGGCUACGUGUCCGACGGGCACACGUAUAGCCGCUCGAGCCACAGGACACGCUACACCUGCAGCCCUGCUGAGGACUGGCCUCCACCCUUGGACCUCAGCUCUGAUGGGGACGUGGAUGCCAUGGUGCUCCGAGAGCUGUACCCAGAUUCUCCACCAGGUUACGAGGAGUGUGUGGGGCCGGGGGCCACUCAGCUGUACGUCCCCACGGACGCCCCGCCCCCCUACUCGCUGACCGACUCCUGCCCUGCGCUGGACCGCGCCCUGGAUGCGGGCAGGGGCCGCAGCCCCGGCCAACACCAGCAGGCACAGAGACCGCAGCGCCAGAGUGGCCUCUGCACCAUUUCCAUGGACACCCUGCCGCCUUAUGAGGCCGUGUGUGGGGCCAGCCCCCCCCCAUCGGGCCUGCUGCCACUGCCGGGACCAGAACCAGGGCCGAGGAGCUCCCAGGACUCGCCCACCCCAACCCGGGCCCCAGCCUCAGGCCCAGAGAGGAUUAUAUGAGGGACCCAGCGGCCGGGUCCUGUCAGCCCCUCAGGGCUGAGCCACACCUUUCAGGCACGCAGGGGCGUGCACGCACACACACCCGCGCACACACACACACACGCAUACACACAUGCACACACGCGCGCACACAGAUGUGCACACAUGGCACCCCCACAUGCACACAUGUACACACAACUUGGACACACGCACACACUGAUGCACCCAUGUGCGCACACACAUCCAGACACGCCCCACACGUGUGCAGACGUGCACACACAUAGGCCCCCCCCCACACACACACAAUCCCAUCUGCGAAGGUUUCAUUAUAAAGGAAGCUCUCCCGACCUCCCAGUCUCCUCCCCAGCCUGUCAGUGAUGCCUCUGUAGCCAACGCUGGGAGAAGAGAGGCGGAGAAGGGACCAGGGCUCACCCCACCCUCUCCUCGGGCCUGUCUGCCCUGCCCGCACCACGCAGGCUGUGCCCAAACGCGGAUUCUGCCUCCAAAAACUGCUCAACCGUCCCAGGUCAGCUGCCUGCCCCGACCCCACCCCAGAGCAGCUGGUCCUCCCGGCUGGCAGGACAGGCCUCAGUGAGGCUCAGCUCCGCACUGUCCCCAUCUCCCAACCCCAGGGCAGAAGAGCCACAACGUCAACACCCUGCCACUUAUAGGGUAAGGGACCUGGGUCUGGGGGCUCAGGCACAACCUGGAGACCCUCGCAGCCCGCCUUGCCCAUCCCUCGCCCAGUGCCCUCAGUCUGGUGGUGCUAGCGGAAUCAUCUCCGAAGCCCCCACCCCAAGCCACGGGUGAUGGGCAGGGCCCUUGGUGGGCAUGCGGUGGUGGUAGUGGGUCACAGCUGUGCCCCCGUCAGUCCAACCACUGCCCAGGACUGAGGGUCUUCAAAGAAGAUGGAGGGCUGCCGGGUACAGUUCUGAGGAGAGGAGCAGCCCCUCGCUAAGUACAUGCCCAGCCGACCAUUACGGCCUAAGCUUGAGUGGGCUGGAGUCAGACCCCAGAAGCAGUGCUGUGCUCCUGGGCAGUGGUGCAUAGUGGGGAAUUGUGAGCCAACGCAUUCUGGUCCUGCCCUCCAUGGAGUUUGAGGAGACGAAAUGAAGGGGAUGUGGGCCCCACUAUGCCACUGCAAAAGCACCAGUGGCUACAUCUCGGCCUUGCUGCCGGGGGUACCACGGAAGGGGAUACGUGGGCCUGGUUGUAGAGACUCAGAUAUUGGCCCCUGAAUCCCAGCAAUUUCCAUCAGAGACCAUGCAGGUAACAGAGCUGAAGUUACCUUGAAGACACCUGAAGACCCAGCCUGCCAGAGGGCGGCAGCCCAGCAUGUCCCCGCCGGCAUCACCAGCAGCAGAGAGUUCUCAAAUCCACCCUGCCUCCCUCCUCACCCCCUCCUUAAACAAGAGCACCUCCAACCAUCCUCUCCCCCGCAUUUCAAUUCCUCCAACAAAGGGCUAAGACAAUUUAGUAAUCCCUUUCUGAAGAAGAGAGGCGGCAAGGAAAGCAAUCGUGAAUUUUAUUUUCUGUAGAAAUAGAAUUUCUUCUGGUGCAGAACUGAAAGGAAUCCACCCAGAGGUUCUGUAGCAUCCUGGAGCCCCUGACUCCGCCCGGGGGAGGGACCUUGUUUACAAGCAGUUCUGUCCACCUUUGUGGUGUACAGUUUCCUAGGCAAAAAAUAUCUGUCUGUUGUACUGUAUAGCCUUUAAAAUGCACUCCAGGGAUGAGACUCUUUUAAGAAACGCAUCCUGCUUCUGCAACCCUAGAGAGUGCUGGGGGGAGGGGGGUGGGCGCGGAAAAGAUAAAAAUCCCCACAUGCUCAUCAGUGUUUGAGGGAUGGAGCUGAACAGCUUUUCUUGUUCCUGGAUUAAGCGCUAA